CGAGUGGGUGUUAUAAAAAACACGAAGAAUCAGGAGACAGAAUGUAGGCUAUAAUGUCGUUACACGUUGGUUACUAUAAAAAUUGUUUGUCUUUAUUUGUGAAUGUACAAAAACAAACAUACCGUUAUCAGUGGACUGAUUUACUCUCAGUAUUAGUAAAUAUGAUCACGUGAUUCAUGUAACCAAUCGCUGAAGAUGAAGGCAGCAAAAAUACUAUGAUUGCUCACAGGCAAGGUUUCCGUAACGGAGUAACGUUUUAUAGGAGUUCGUGGGGAUCCGAAAAUGUCGACUAGUUCAGCUCUGAGCAGCUAUUAUGUGGACUCUAUAAUGGGACACGAAGCGGAGGAUGUGUACGGAGCGCGUUAUGUCCAGGGUUCACAUGCCGCGCCCGCGAGGCCGUCAGGUGUGGGUGGAAAUGCGGAUUUCUCGUCUUGCAGCUUCGCACCCAAGUCAGCCGUGUUCCCUACAUCUUGGUCCUCAGUCCAUCAACCCUCUGCUGCUGCAGUUUCAGGAAUUUACCAUCCGUACGUUCACCAGACCCAGCUGGCAGACAACAGAUAUGUGCGCUCCUGGAUAGAUCCAGUCUCCAACCAUAUUUCUUUUUCCGGGUUCCACUCCAACAGCCGGCAGAGCGGGUCAAAGACUGAAAAUGUGCCCUCGAAAAGGACUGAAAGCCGUGUGUUUGAAGCAGAGACACCGAUAGUUUCCGAGUAUGGCUGCGGCGUUGAAUCCGAGUGUCCAGACAAAUCUCCCGAAGAAAGAGUUGGCAAUAAUAUUUCGAGUCAUAGUGAACCAAAAGAGGAGAAACAACAACAACUUGACCCAAGCAACCCGGCAGCAAACUGGAUCCAUGCACGGUCAACAAGAAAGAAACGAUGUCCGUACACGAAAUAUCAGACUUUGGAAUUGGAAAAGGAGUUUCUUUAUAACAUGUAUUUAACGAGGGAUCGCCGCUACGAGGUUGCACGAAUCCUGAAUUUAACAGAGAGGCAGGUGAAAAUCUGGUUUCAGAACAGAAGGAUGAAAAUGAAGAAGAUGAACAGAGAGAGAAGCAAUAAAGAUCUGCAGUGAACGGAGCAAUACUGCAGUGUAUAUUUUCACAUUUUCUCAGUUUAAAAUCGUGUCGUUCUGUGUCGUUAAGUUUUCUUUGGGUUACAAUUCAAGAUUGUUAUCUAUGCCUGUCUUAGCAUAUUUUCUGUUUAAUUUAGCAUAUAUUCGGAGUCAAAAUAGCUGUUUUAUGUGACCUUGAAAAAAUUAUAUUCCAUGCUAACUUUAUCGUACGCACAAGGUAUUGGUUUUAGUUAAAAAACGUUUGGCUUUGGCCGCAUAAAAUUUGUUUUCUCCAGAUGGAGAGGUUUGUUCAGUCCGAGAACCACAAUUAUUCUGUUUUGUGUCCUGCAGUCUAUAAUGCAUCGUAAAUAAGCUACAUUAUUCGUCAAAUUCUAGUAACUAAAAUGUUUAUUGAAAGAGGAAUAAAAACCGUGCUCUGAUAGUCCUACUUAUGGGCUGGUCUUUGUCUGUCUACAAAAUGCAAACGAACCCCCAUGUGCAGGCAAGAAAAAUACAAUUUGUUCUUUAAUUGGAAAUGAGGUCGGAAAAUCUAAUUCUUUAAUGAGUAUAUUUUUGGUCUUUAAAAUGUACUUGCUAGUGUGGAAGAUAUCGAAAUUGCUAAAUUAUUUUAGUUGUUUUAGUUAUUUUAGCCUUCAUUUUAUUUUGCCAUGGCGGAUCCACGUUCCUUUCAGUGGAUGUAUUUAGAUCUUGUUGGAUAUUCACAAUGUUUAAUGGCGACUACUUAACUCGUCUGAAUCAGAUUGUGGAUAUUGUUUAUUUUAAGGACUUUUUUUCAAAUUAACUAAAAGUGUACUGCACAUUGAGCCUAUUUACAUUUUUAAAAGAAACAUUAUUUUAAGGCAGGGUAAAAACAUCACGAAAAGAGAAAUUCUGUUUGAUCCUAACACAAAAUAGAGGUUGGUGGAGAAUAUUGCUAAACAGUUUAUGAUUAGGAAAAGUGUUGCAAGGACCCCCAAUUUAUCGUCAAACCGGUACUAAGAAUUGUUUUAAAGCAGGAAGAUACUGGGUCUAAUAAAGCUAUAGAAAGAGCUAGACGUCUGGUCUAAAUGAGUUUAUGGUAUAGGACCGUAAAUGCUCUUCUCUUUGAAACUAACCUCACUGGUUUUUGUGUCUGUUACUUGCAAACAGAAAUGUAGCCACUUUUCGACGGGGCGUCUGGUCGAUGUAUUGAAGAGACUGAAAUAGUAUCGACCCCCAGCAAACUGAAAGUCACGUUUAUUUUGGAAAUGUAUCCACACUUAUUACUUAAAUCCUUAAGAUUGACGUUUGUUUUGGUCAGUAUCAGUAUAUUUAUUUUAGAUUAAUAGUUUUCGUAAAUUAAUUUUUUGAAAAAGGUCGACAAAAGACAACGAAAACUCAAAAGUAAAGUAAAGUUUUAUUACAAACAUAUAUUUGUUGCCUAUUCUGUUUUUAGAGGAUUACAAUCAAGUAUCAAACAGACGCCAUAGACACAUUUUACCACGAUAAAUAUAAGUAAAUAAAUAAAUAUAGAGAGAGGGGGGUCCAUUUUCAAAUAAUGCAAAAUAAAGAAACGUGUACAUUAUUGCCGCUAGAGGGCCUCGUUGUUCUGUGAAAAUAAGGGAAUGCUUGUGGCAGAGCUGUUGUGUAUAGGGAGCUUAGUCGGUUACGAUUAACUAAAUCGAGAUUUGACUCUAGAAAGUUUUUGUUAUCUCGAAAAAAUCUAUCUCCGUAAAGUAACUCCUGUAAAUGGCUUUUUAGAAUAAGUCGUUCUGAUUUAGUUUAGAAAAGACAACAAACCAAUUGCGACAGUAAGUUGGUAUAUUAUGUGCCACUGUGAGUUAGAUACUUGUAAAAAAAAUCAGAAGGGGGAUUAAAUAAAAGCAAUUCAUUUUUUUACACUUUAUAAUCUUAGAUGACAAUGACCGAGAACAUCGGCAUGAGAGAAAGCGAAUAAAAUCGCAUGUAGACUAAAUUGACAAUAUAUCCAGUCUACAUUAUGCAGCUUACAUACAGUAUUAUCCAUCUUUAUAACAUAUACUAAAUCCAAAUAUAGCCUACUGUCCAUCUAAAAAAAACAUUUAAGAAAAUGAACUCCCAACAAAUAAAACAAGCGUCAAAAAAUAUUAUUAAUAUUAUAAUAACUUAUCUGACCUCGAUUAGUGUAAACAUGUCAACAUAUAUUUCUAUUCAAAUUUUCCUUCUUGGUUGGCCAAAUAGUUCAGUAAUUGUUUAAAGGAGGAAUUUGCACACAAAUCAAGGCAUUUUGGACUGUUUGAAGAACAUAAAUCUCUCACUUGUGUAAAUCGCUUGUGAUAAAAGCGUAUGCUAAAACUUAAAUGUCAAUUUAAGAAAUGUCAAUUGCUUUGAACAUGAACGUAAACGUGUUGUUUCUACAAUUAUUCUCAUUUGGACAGACAGAACAUCAGAUUGAACAAAGGGGUAAAAGUUUUAGCAUGCAUUGUAGAAUUAAAGCAUUAAAAGGUUGCAACCGAAAA